CUUCCGGCUAAGUUCUGUGAAGACACUGAAGAGGACUGACUGCCUGGUGGUGUAUUUCCUUCGCGAUGACGGGUUGCACGUCGACCGCGGUAGUGGAGAGGUAUCUGAUGAUGGCUUUGUUGUUGUGUGGAACGUGGCUUGCACCUCUUCUUUCGGCGAAUGGCGAUGCCGCCACCGACUUCCUGAGGCAAUACACGGACCCGCAGGUGUCCCAAAUCAAAGUGAGCGGCGACGUCUAUCUGACCGACGACUUGCCGCUGCUGUCCCGCACUUUGACGAUCGUCGGAGUGAAGCAGACGGCGGACCGUUUGCCAAUCCUCGAUGGGCGAGGCAGUUUCAGCGGGAUCGUGACCAGCGCAAACCUGACGCUCCAGAGCUUGGCAUUCACCAACUUCAAGACGUCCACUAUGGAGGGUGGAGCUGCAGUCUACGCCUACGGGGGAACGUACGUGUGGAUCGAUCAGUGCGUGUUCCGGGGCAACCGGGCGACGAACGGCAGAGGGGGCGCCAUUAGCCUCAACGACGUCGAUUUCUCAAUGACCAACUGCACGUUCGAUCGUAAUGGUGUCAGAAUCAUCUCCGGCUCUGACAUUGAUGUGACGGAGGGCUUGGAGAGCAUCAACGGCAAGGCAUCCACGAGCGGACAACCUGGCAAGGAAGGGGGCCAGGUGGAUCAGGGGACGCAGGGGGGGCAGGAGGGGCAGCGGGGGCAAUGGGGCCAGUGGGGUCAAAUCGCGGGUGGUGGGCAAGGGGGGGCCGAGCCCGGCGCAGGCCAGGAGACUGGUAGUGGCAGUGGCAGUGGCAGUGGAGGGACGACGGAUAACUCCAUUAAGGAGAAGACGAACAAGCAGGACGGUAUUCAUGGGGGAGCAGUGGCUUGCAGCGGGUCUGUGUGCAACAUAGCGAGAUCCACAUUCACAAACAACUUCUCCAGCUAAGAGCAUACUCGCACUAGGACUUUCUUACGUAUUUAAGCACGUAAUUGCGGUCACAUGCAUCCAGGUCGGGCCAAUGGGGCCAUAAAUCCGGUCAGGUGCACUUAAGAUAGA